AGAGAGAAAGAAAAAACAAUACGAUCCUCUAACGAGAAAGAAAACGGGGAGCUGGACGAGCGAAGGAAGGAAGGCUCAAAGGCGCACACGUACGAUGCUCCGUUACGCGCAUGCGUCAGAAGCGGUUUCCAGCAACGAAGAGUAGCGUUCAGGCCCGCGCGUUGCUGAAGCAACCAAACAGUCCCGCUGGCUGGCUCCUGAGGCCCAAUGGUGGGAAGAUGAGGGGCCGGUCGGUCGGUCAGGCUGGUGGGGAACGAGAAAGACUGUCAACGGGGUUCGCGCGCUUCGACGUUCGACGACGGUAGGUAGGUAGGUAGGUGGUGGUUGAAGAGUGGGACAGAGGAGCGGCGGUGCGCGGAGAAGAGAGGAAAGCACAGGCGGCCGAGGCUACGGACCCAGCCAGAGUCAACGGAGCUUCAGUACCUUGUAAGAGGCCUUACGGUGGAGGUUGCUCCGGUGUGUGACGGUGAACAGUCGAGAGCCGCACACAGGAUAACUGUAAAUCCGAGCACGGACGGAGGAAGUGAGGAGAGAGGGACACAGCGGGAGCAAGAGAGAGAGAGAGAGAGAGAGGGGGGGAGGGAGAGAGGAGAGAUACAUGACGCCGCGACCGUGCCGAUGUGACUUACCGCGUGUAAUUAUUGACAACCGCGAGUACCUAAUUACCACGGUCUCGAGUUCAGUGUAAACAGGCCAGCCUGGACCCCGGGGACUUCGGGGCUGUUCCCUGGACCUCGGAUGGACAGUGGAGCCGUCACGGGCGUGUCGUAUAAACCGCGCGUCGGCAACUUCACCUUGACACGAGGCCGCGUUUGACAUUGUCAUCGUGUCGUCGGCCGCCGGUCCUCGGUGAAUGCUCGACCGCGAGUGGCCACGCGCGUCACGUGGAGCAAGGACAGGUGAUGGUGAAUCAGCCCGCCGACGACGUGAACGCAAAUGGAUUUGGUAGUGCGCUCCUCUGCGGGAUUCUGUGCGAUCACCACGGCAACGGGACUGUUGUGCGCGCCUGACGUGCCGCGAGUGUGUGCAUAGGUAAAUGACAGCUCUGUGCGCAGGACCGUCAGGAUGCCGAAGAUCUUUCUCAUCAAGAACCGGCUGCACGCGCAGCAACAGCGGCUGCUCGGCGAGUCGUCGCACCCCGGCAAGGGCGCGUUACACGGCGGCGGCAAGGACAGCCCGUUAGGCAGCUCGGAGCCACUCAGUCUCAUCGUCACCAAGGAACAAUCGGAUCGUGACAAAAUCGACUAUGACCGCCCGAGCACCCCGGAACUCCUGCGGAGCACGAGCCCGACGUCGUCGCCGGUGUCGUCGUCGACGCCGCAGUCGCAGCUGGUAACGAGCAGCAGCAGCAGCAGCUCGCUGAGCGGCGGCGCGACUCGACCGAGGAGAUUCAUUUCCAGCAUCCUCGGCGGCGAUGUGCCCUACGGCAGUCGGGGUCACGUACUGACGCGGGCGGAGCGCAAGGAGUACAGCAGUCCGCCGAUCGCACCGACGACCACGAGCGAACCGCCGCGCUUCUUGUCGCAGCCCGACAAGGUGACCCUGCCGAGGCCGCAAACGCCGCCGAAAAUCCCGCAGGCCGAGCCGCUCAUGAGGGUGUCGGUGAUCAAGAGGGUCCCGGCCAAGGAAUCCGCCAGCCUUCAGGAAGACGAGAGCAAGCUGGAGAUACCCACCCCCGAGCCGGAACAGGAACAUCCGAUAGACUACGCGGUGCCGAAGAAGAGAAAGCGGGAAGACGAAGACGACGAGGAGUGCCGCGAAGGCGCGAAGGUCUCUCGCACCGCCGGCACCUCGAUCGCCAGGCCUCUGCUGAGCGUGCCACUGCCCGGGUCACAGGUCAUGCAGGCGGCUGCGGGUCACGGUAGAUCCUCCAACUCGGGCAACAGCGGCUCUUCCGGCGGGAGCGGCUCCGGCGGCGGCGGCGGCGGCGGCGGCGGCGGAAAUGGCGGCGGCGGCGGCGGCGGAGGCGGUGGCGGUGCGGUCGGCGGCGGUGCUGGCGCGGGUGGCAUGAAUCCCGGUGGCAACGGAGGAGGCCGCGGCAACUACGGUCCGAGUUCGCCGCCGACCGGCUCUUUACCGCCUUUCUAUGAGUCCUUGAAGGGCGGCAACAACCUUGCCAACUUUGCCAAUCAGUACAACAGCGCACAGGGGAAUGCGUAUCUCACGCCGUUGCCGGCGGUCGGCAUAGAAUGCGACAUUGGCCAACAAGACGUGAACUCUCAGCAUGUGCAGUACAGUGCGCAGGAGGGCAAGCAGUACUCGUUGCUGCAGAACGUCUGCGCCUCGUACGGCCUGACGUUCAAGGAGGAGCAAGAGGAGCUGGCGGCCUACAAAAUGCAGUCGAACGACCUGCUGUCCAGCCAAUAUGGCCCGUACGAUGUCUCGGAUUCGAGCAUAAUGGUGGACAUGGUGACUGGUGCGGUGGUGGACCCGCUGCAGCUCACCGCAACCCUCACCUUCAACCCAUCGUCUGACCACACAGCGUUGCUGGAGAGCCUGAGCGACGCGGAUCUCCUGCUGCCUCGACUGCAAACCGAGGACGGCGGCAGCGAUCUCUUGGAGGACCCGCUGCACUCGCCCGCCUCCACCGGCAGCAGCGGGAUCGGCCAAGACGCAGGUCAGAUGACCACUCCCGUCGAACCCAGCGUCGAUCCUUUCCCCGAGCACAGCAUGGCCUUGACCAGAGGCUUUGACACGAGACACUACACCACUCCGCAGCACUACAACACGUCCAAACUGGGACUGAACUACGCGAGCGGAGAGCCCAACUACCAGCCGCUGUCGAAAGAACGGCCGGAGUUGGCGCUGCAUAUCAAUCAGAGCCAUCAGCACCAGCAGGACCAGCAGUUGCAGAUUCAGGUGCAGCUGCAGCAGCAGAAGCAACAAACAGCGAUGUCACCGCAUCAACAGCAGCAGCAACAGCAGCAGCAGCAGCAGCAGCAGCAGCAACAGCAGCACCAGGCACUUCUCAGCCCCGGCUUGAGCUUCACCGGUAACGGUUUAGAACUAGACUCGGGCAGCAGCGUAGGUGGCAGCCUGCCGAGCCCUGGCGCGACCAGCUGUUCGUUGGACGGCGCCUCCACCAGGACCUCGCCGUCGUGCGCCCUGAUGGAACACGCGCACAGCCCGGUGACGGUAGUGAACGGGAGCCAAGCAGCCGCAGGACCAGUCGGCGAGCCGCCGCUUUCGCAACGGCUUGGUUUACCAAGUGACUGUCAGAUAGAAUUUGUUAACGGCGGUCACGGCAUUAAGAAUCCUUUAGCCGUCGAGAGCCAAAGGCAGGCGGCGGCCAAUCGGGACGAGGACAGAGCGAAUCGAACUCCGCCCGGCAAGGACGACAGCUUCACCUGCCGCGUUUGCAGCAAGAACUUCAAUCUGCAGCGGUUGCUCAAUCGUCAUAUGAAGUGUCACAGCGACGUGAAGCGCUACCUCUGCACAUUCUGCGGGAAGGGCUUCAACGACACCUUCGACCUCAAGAGGCACACAAGGACGCACACGGGGGUGCGGCCAUACAAGUGCUUCCUUUGCGAGAAGAGCUUCACGCAGAGGUGCUCCUUGGAGAGCCACGGGGUGAAGGUUCACGGCGUGCAGCAUCAGUACGCGUACAAGGAGCGACGCGCUAAGGUGUACGUUUGCGAGGAAUGCGGACACACUACGCAUGAGCCGGAGGUGCAUUAUCUGCACCUGAAGGAGAAGCACCCGUACAGCCCGUCGCUGCUCAAGUUUUACGACAAACGGCACUUCAAGUUCACCAACAGCAACUUCGCGAACAUGUUGCUCCAGGGUGGCCUACUGCAACGGGACUCGCCGCGGAGCACGAGCGACAGCUGCACGGAGCGGCGGGAGACGGCCUCGAGCAACACCGAGUCGACGCACCAGCAGUCCACGACUCUCGUCGCCCAGGCCUCCAGCUUCUGAAUCGCCCGGUGGUCCUGCGUUGAGAACCGUCCAAGAGAUGAUGACGUCACGUCAGCGGAACAACGGCGGUAAAUCGAGGGAAGACAAACAAGUACCUGCAUCAUGCGCACCUCCCGCAGCGAUAACGCUGGAACGACCGCGGCGAAUUCGGACUAAAGGUCGAUCGCGAGUCCUGCGCGAAUCAAAUCCUUCGUUAGCGCUAUGAGGUGCGCGAUGCUUCGCUGUGGGACUCACAAUGCGAAUGUUUUUCGCGCGAAGCUGCUUAUGCGAAAUAUGAGUUAGGGAGUAGUUGUAGAGAAUAGAACGAAGUAGAUAAGAGGAAAGAGGAGGUGGAGGAGUACAGAAAAAAAGAAAAGGUUCUACGGAGCCACAACGGCGGGAAAUCCCGCGUGCAAUCCCGCGACCUCGCCGUAGGUCGCGGCGCGCAUACUUCGUGCAAUGAAUUAGGAAAUCGAUUUCUACGCUGUGUAGGAUUUCCGUCUCGACGACGAUACGCAGGAACCUGUUGCGCGACGAUUAAGUUCGCGUGUCGUUUUUCUCUCCAACAGUGGAUAAGCGUCUGCAAAAGAGCCAACCUCCUUCCUCCCUUCUUUCCUCGGAAAACAUGGAAUGGUACGUAGUUUUGCAACUCUAACGACAACGCGUGAGAUUCGUAGCAGCCGUCGAGCGGCCGAGCUGACGACUCGAGCCCGACACGUCGCUAGGGAAUCUCGCCUCUACUCCACUCACGGACACGUCGGGCGGCCGACUCUGUCCGACUUUUAGAGCGUUCUUAUGUCUAGUUGUAGUUGUAUUUAACUGUACGGAAAAUUAAUUUAAAGACAAAUCUCCUAGAACAAAGUUGGUACUUUAGCAGGUACAACCGCGCGACUGCACGGGGCGCAUGUAUAGACGCAUCCGUGCUCAUGCAUACGCAUUCACUAUACAUACGUAUACACGUAGACACGCAACAACACACACACACACACACACACACACAUGGAAAAACAGAAUUCGGUUCGUGUACCUGAAUUUCUGUUUUCCGGCAGCCGAACGAACCAGGGGCGAAGAGAUUCCUGCAGGGGUUUUUUGUUACUACUGACAGUCGACUGUCCUCCAUCCUCCCAAUCUCUGUCCUCCCAAUCGAGUUUGAACACAAGUUAAGUAUUUAAACAAACAUUUAUGGUUACAGUAGCAAAAGGGAACUCCAUUUUGAUCAUUGAGUCUUUGUCCGGUCGCCAGCGAACGAAAAGUGUCAAUUCCACAAGCCGAGAAUACUUACACGCGGUGACACGAGUGACAAAUUUCAGUCCUUGUAACUGUAUAAGGGGCCGGACGAAAACUCUCGUGAGUCAGUCGGAUGACUGAUAACCUCAUUUGGGCAACGUGUGCGGCUACCUACAAAGUCAGCACUGAGAUAAUCGAGGACGGUUGACUGAGUGGGAAAAUUGACCUCUUACGAGCGAAUCUUUCUGUUUCUACGGCCGAUUUGUUUCCUCGUCUGCUCCGCAAAUAACAGAAAAACAAAGGAAAAAGGGAAAACACAGUUGCACGAACCGAGCGCUUUUCUUUUCAUAUAUUCAUAUAUACAGGUUACACAGGUAGGAUAUUAACGACGGACAGGCGGCGCGGCAUCGGGCGAACCCGAAGACUCGGAUUGAACGUUUCAGGAAUGCCGAAUCACCCUCGGCGGUCGGCCCCUCGCCCGGCCCUUCGCCGAGGGCGAAGAAAAGAGAGAGAGCGCGAUUGAUUGCACGGAAGACUUUUUUUCUCAGAGAUGUACGGCGAGUUACGUUGCUUUCCGACUCGACGGGUGAACGCGCGCGCGCGGACGGAGUCGAGUUCCAGGAUAUCGGCUGGAUAACCGGAUGACCACACAGGGCCUUCCGCGAUCGCGAAACCCUGUCGAACGCUGAUAGAAACAGUCACCUCCCCGCGGCGACGUUCUCGUCUUCAUAUAGUUUCUGUAUACGCGUUAGACACACACACUCACACAUAUAUAUAUAUAUAUAUAUGUAUAUGUAUAUAUAAAAGGUAAGUCCCCAACCAACGCGCACUUUGGGUAAUCUGUGAUAUGAUAAGAGCGACACUGAGAUUUCUUGUUUUCCCGCACUCGCUCCUCCACGCAACGGAUUCCGCUUUCCGCACUCGCACCAUGGUUUUUUUUUCUCGGGUAAGGGAAAGGGACAGGGAAAAGAGGGCAAGGAGAAAGAGGAGGAGGGGCAUGCACCGGUCCACAUCGCACACACGUACACACGCAUACACGGAAAGAAAGAGUUCGGUUCGUGUAACUGAAGAGAAACCAGAUGACGUGUCAUUAUCGGUGCGAUCGACAAAACCCGUCCGGACGUUCCGAGCCGCAUAAAAAUCACAUCGGUCGAGAUGUUUGCGAAGGAUUUUGACUGACUAGAAACCUCAUGCGAGCGGGGGUUUUCCCAUUUUGGGUCCUUAUUCUUUCCAGCCGGCGAACAAGUCGGUUGCACCAAUCUGUUGAAUUGUUUUCUCCGUGUACACACACACACACACACACACACACGCGUGCGUGCAUGCACACGCCCGACACAUACAUGUACAAAACGGGGUUUCGUGCAAUUCUAAGGUGGUAGAGAUCGCUUAGAUCGGGCGUCGCUGCAUUUCGCUCGACAUUGAUUGUUCCUUCUGUCGUCUUCGGUCGCGGAGAAGCACGCGGGUUUCAAUGUUUCAUUCAACUUCGCGCGACGAAGACCGGAAAGGGACUAUCCCUUUGACGCGUAUCGGCCGGGCCAGACCACAGCCAGAUGGGUGAAAAAUUCUCAAGUUUCUGAAUAUUGUUCUCAGGCCGAGAGUCUCAGGAAUCCCGAGGGUUUCGGUAGCCUGGAAAAGUCGGCCGUUCUCGGACGAUUUACUUUGCAUGUAGCGAUAAACAUUUUUAUCUAGUAACAAAAAUAUACUCGACCCAUCUGGUGUCCGAUAAACACAAACUGACAGUAACGUUGGAUUAAUGUUGCAAUUUCCCACUCAAUGCAAUUGUGAUAUAACAUAUGUCGCUCUCUAAAUUUCCUAACGUGGAACUUCACUCAAGACGAGUGAAAAGCGGCAGUAUUUUCACUCGAACUGACUGUGGAGAUAGAUCCUGCCGCUCAAAAUCGGGAGAGUGAAUACUUCACUCAAGCUUAGAGCGGAUUCUGAUUCUUCGAAUUCGAAUGACUCUCAGUGGUCGCUCCACUUCUUGAGUGAAACUUUACUCCGAGACAUUAAGGAAUGUACGUCGAACAGUUGCAUGGUCGAGUGAGGAACUGUGACACGUGAUUUUACUAUCAGUUGCUGUUUAUUGGAUGAUGUCACUCGGCUAUCAACGCGUCGCAUUCACCGAUUCGUCCUAACGGACGAGUUUGAUUUUUUUGUAUCGACCUGUAUCAUAGACUACGUAUUGUACGAUAAAUUAGAGGAUUAUCUCCUCUAAUGUGUGUACAUAUGUAAAUACGACUAAUGCUUGACGCUUGUUGUUCAUGUUGCUGCCGUCGGCCUCGGAAGAUGCUUCGGCGUCGAGGAGAGUCGUGUCCGCGACUUCGAAGCACAACAUUGCUUAAUUCUCGGGCGAGCGCGACGGAAUGCUGAACGCAUGACGUGUCCGUCGAGCAUCUCGGGAGCGUUAAAAAGGUCUCUUGCAAAGAAACUCAUGAUUCACAUCACUUUGUGAUAAAUCGCGAGUGACAGGCGAAAGUUGAAAGUUCGGCAAAAAUUGAAAGAAGCGCGUGGCAUGCGAACAAGACUUAUUUUAUUCGCGAGCAUCAUACUCAGCAAAAACCCUUUUUUCUCAUCAUUGGAGAAAUCACUUGCAUCAGACAGAUGCAAAAAUUGGCUGGGCAAAAUUUCUCAGUUGGCGUAACAGAGCCUCCGCUUGGCCGUCUACCAACAGUAAAUUCAGUUGCACUGAGUCGUCGGCGCCUUGCUAAAGUAUUUAGCCAUAAUUAAUAAUAAAGAGUAGAAGGAGAAGAAGAGAGAGAUCAAAAUUGCCACGAAAUCCUCGGUAAAUCCGAGGAGAACAAGAGAAGAAAAAAGGAGAAAAAGAAGAGACCAACUGUCGCUCGUUGCGAUUCUUCGCACUCAUUCGAGCGGUCAUUGCCACGCUCGGGUCAAAUCAACGCUCGAUGUCGUCGCGCACUUGGGAAUAUCGCGAUGAUCGUUUUCGGAAUAUUGCACAGUGACCAGAAGCCAUCAGCUCGUAACUUAUCUCAAAGGCACACACGCCCGCCCGACGAUUAACAGUACGCCCCCGGGGGAGCGCUCGAUGGUGUCCGCAGCAUUGUAAAUAGAAUUUACGAACGGAGUUCUCGAUAUUUAAUUCCUGCGUGUAACCGAACUCCUCCCCAAAAAUUCCGUCGCGCUCCUCCCCGAGAGCCGCUCCUUCUCUGCGUAUUGUAAAUAGCCUCUUCUCGCGACGACGGAAACGGGUACCGGUUAGUCCACGGUAAUCAGUAUCUUGUUUGAUGUACACAGUAUAUAUGUAUACAUAUACCAGCGUAUUACUUGAUACUUCUAACAACUUUUUGCGGGGCGAGAGGGUACAGAGCCGCGCGCGUGUCGAUCCGGGGCUGAUCGACGAUAACAAGGAUAACGGCGAUAUAUCUCGCCGUACAUUUUGUCAAUCACGAUAAUAUAUUGCAUACUAGAUGGUCUUAUUAUUAUUAUUAUUAUUAUUAUUAUUAUAUUAUUAUUAUUGUGUUAUUAUCAUCAUCACAUUAUUUUAUUAACAUUAUUGUAUCUCUAAGCGACAAUGCUCUUUUCUUCUGUCUCAUUACUAUUUAAUUUACGUUCAGUAUUGCCACGAACAAUAGCACUUAGCCACAGUCCCGCCAGCGGACUGCCGACUUUUGGAAUUCCAUUAACUGUAUCACCCCCUCACGCUAUUGUUGCUCCGGCAUAUUCGCAGGCGCUAUCGAUUUCGCAAACCCGAAACGUUCCGCUUUUUAUCACUA